AUGUUCGUCCUACCGCUAUUUUGCCGAAUUGCCGAGGUUCGUUGUCCAAGCACGAGCUACGGAGAAGAACGGGGCGCUACCUGCGGGCGAUCCAGCGCUGACGCGCAUCAUGUUCCAGGAAAAAACAUCGUCACCUCCCAUCUUCACAGGGUCGCGCGCGUAGCAUUGGAUUCACGAGUGCUCGCGCACGCCACCGAUGCGGAGAUAAACCACCCAGUCCUCCGACCACUGGCAACUUUUGGCCAAGAGAAUCAAAACGACCCACUAUGGACGACAGCAGGCUGGCAACGUCUGAAGGAGAUUGGAGUCGCGGAAGGCGUGGUUGGAAUCUCUUAUUCUCAAUCGAAAGAGACGGAAAAUAUUAAUCGGAGGGUCUACGCGUUCGGCGUCAACCAUCUAUGGGGUGUCACGGGCACGAUGACAGGCUGCCCGAUGACAAUGACUGACGGAGCUGCGAAGUUACUAUCAAAACAUAUGGGGGAUCCAGACGGGGAUGAGAAAGGCCGAUCACAAGUAUUUCAGGAAGCGUAUCGUCGAGUGACGAGCCGAGAUCCUACAUAUGCGUGGACCAGUGGGCAGUGGAUGACCGAACGUAGCGGUGGAAGUGAUGUUUCCGGUACAGAAACAAUCGCUACACGUAUAUCACCGGAAGAGCUGGCGCGAGAUGAGGGUUCGCCUAGAAGCCUGGACGCGGUCGGCAUGCCUCUCGGCCCUUGGAAGAUCAAUGGGUUCAAGUGGUUCAGCAGCGCCACAGAUUCGGAAAUGGCAGUGCUACUUGCGAACACCGAAAAAGGACUAAGCGCUUUCUAUAUGCCAGUCAGACGACGCAAGGGAGAUGCUACUUCCACCGUCAGGAUCAAUGGUUUGGAUGCGCCUCCCGAGACCGAACUUAACGGUGUCCGAAUCUCACGUCUGAAGAAUAAACUCGGCACCAAAUCGCUUCCCACCGCCGAGCUUGAGCUCCGCGGUGCUCGGGCUUGGCUGAUUGGUACCGAAGGCAGAGGUGUCGCUGAGAUUGCCGCAGUAUUGAACAUCACACGUAUGUCCACUGCAGGCGGAAGUGUAGCGAGCUGGUCUCGCGGUUUAGCCAUAUGCCGUGCCUACAGCAAAGUUCGCAAAGUUCGCGGUGGGCUACUACAAGACAUUCCGACACACUUACGCUGGAUGGCCGAAGAGACCAUCAAAUACCACGCCGCAGCUCACUUCGUGUACUUCGGUGUCGCACUCCAAGGUGCGCUCGAACAAUCGUAUGAUGCCGUUGUGAGCAACACCAAAGCCGCCAAAUUGAUACCCAGCGAUGAGAUCAGCAUUUCAUUGCUUUUAAGAUUGUUGCUGCCUGCGAUGAAAGCGCAGGUUUCCGUCGCCUCCGUCAACGGGUUGAGGGAAUGCAUGGAAUGUCUCGGUGGUGUAGGGUACUGCGAAAACAACGAAGAGGGUGGGUUGAUGAACAUCGCCAAAAUCUAUCGAGACAAUCUUGUCAAUCCAAUUUGGGAGGGUACUGUUAGCGUCAUGGCAGAAGAUGCUGUUCGGGUGAUUACCGAUAAGCGCUUAGGUAGUGGCGAUAUUCUCAGUAACGUGUUCAAGCCAUGGGUGAUGGCUGUGCUUGAUGGCUGUGCCGAUUCAUUCCAGCAGGAGGUCGUGCUAGUGAAAGAGAAGAUGGAAGCGUUGUCCAAUUUGACUAAUGGGAAAGGGAAAGACGAGCUCACCUAUCGAGGACGAGAGAUCCUGGGUCAUCUGGAAGCGAUCACGUCAUCACUGCUACUGCUUUUUGAUGCUACAGCCAACCCGGGAUAUCCUGUACAGACAAUUGCGAGUCGGUGGGUGCGCUCAAGAUGUUCGCAAGAUUCGGUAACAGAAGAUGUACAAACCUGGCAGGAUCGGGUGGUGGUGGAUAAGAGUAUCUUCCUGGGCACUUCUGGAGGCGAAAUGCGGAGACCUGCAAAGCUUUAA